AAAAAAAAAGAUGAAACCCGCGCAGUUUAUAUCAUCUGAGCAAACAGGAAUUAGAAGCAAAAGGUGUCGUAUCCAAAGAGGAAAGAUGGACAAAAAAACAGAAAACCAAGACCAUCUAAGUCAAGAGGGGGAAGCAACUAAUGAAGGCAUCCAAACUAAUGGAGGAGAGCACAAAGCUUGAAUGUGAUAAGUAUGAGCCAUCUACAUGGGAUGAGUUCAUGAAAACCACCUAUCACAUUAUAUCUGAGACCCAAACCCACAGAGAAGCAGUUGUUCACAUCACCAGCGAUAUGAUGCAAGAAGAGUUCUCCUUUUCUAUCUCGAUAGAUGUGUUAAAAGAUUUCAUGAAAAUGAAAUAUGUUGAUGUUUCUAUUCUUCAAUACUGGAUUUGGGUUCUUUGUGAUCGAUUUGAGCUACAGGGAAAAAAUGCAUACCGAUUUCUAGAUCCGAGCAAGAUUUCAUGCAAGGAGCAAAUUAGUACUGGCUUGAUCGAAUUCAACAAUAAUCGCAUACGUUAUUGUGAAAUGUUGAAUGAAGAUGGAGGAAGUGUUUCUUCUCCAGUUGAACACUUCGACGAUGAAGAUGACAUGACUGCGGAAGAGCAGCUGAACCGUUCCACGAAGAACGGUCGACCGGAGGAGACCAGUGAAGCAAGUGAGCUACAGACGUGUCCUAUACAAGAUGGAGAAUUCGAAGGUGGUUACUUUGUGAUGAAGAUGAUGUAUGAUAUCAUGGUUCGACCAGCAUUACAAGGCAUUGAUGAAAUUUACAGUAAUGGGGCUUCACCUUUUCUAAAGAAAGAAAUCAAUGAAAUGAGAUCAUUGUUUUGUGCUCAUUUCAAUUCAAAGUAUGAUCAGCUAACUACCUAUGGUCAAAAAUGAUGUCAUUGAGCUCAUUCCAGAUUUUGGUGGUGAAGAAGGGUUUAUUUAAAGUUUGUAGUAAGCUUGGAAUAUAGGGGUGCUCCAUAU